AUGGCAGCGGCGAACGCAACAGCCGCAACAGCAGCAGAAGCAGCAGGCGUGGAGACUGCUUUGUGCAUCUUUCCGCAGGUACGGCAAGGAAGAGAACCUUGGCGCCUUUGCAGGGCCUUGGGUUCAGGAUUUGGAGUUGAGGCUUCGGGGUUCAGGGGUAAGCGCGUGGGUGCAUUUCUCAGGGACGCUGUCGGCAAUCGUUUCGAAGCUGGAAAGGUUUCGCGGCGACAAGCCUCCCGAUAUAGUGCGCUGGUAUGUAUUCUGACGAAAGAAGUCGAACGGACUCUCCUUAUUCGGCCGAGCUUUGAUGUCAGACCUCUUAUGGGCGGCACGGACGGCAUCUUUCGUGGCCUUCAUCGCCACUACUUCAACUCCAUGCUUUCCGUUUUACUACCAAUGUUGCUGGAGUCAAACUGCACUGCAGCGGCGACUGCAGCCCCUGGCGCUGGAGCAGCCACCCCUAGCACUGCAGCCGAACAGCUGCAUCAACAGCAGCAACAGCAGGAGCAGCAGUCUGCUGCCCUUUCGAUUAGUGGCGCCUUCGAGGCGUUGCCCCUCAGCGGCACGAUGCGGCAUAUAGCCAUGACGGCAGUGAAGAACAGCCCCACUCCAAAUGUCUUAGCGUCGAUGCUCCUGGCAGAACAACGCGUUGUUUCUCUCUCAUACGCUAAGGGAUACGAGCUCAGCCCCACUGAUGUCUGCUUGCUGACAAACUUUGUGAGUUCGUCUUUGGCUCUGCGCCAGCUGGAGAGUUUUACUCCGCUCUGUCUCCCUAGCAUAAAUGACAGGGGGUUCUUGCACGCCUACGUUCGCUACCUGACGCCGCGCCUCGCCUUUGUUUGUCUCUCGUCUCCAGCGGACUCCAUCAGAUUUCAUCACCUCGCAAACCACUGCAACAAACUCUUCGCGAUGCUGACGAACACCGGCUGUUUGGCCGCCAUCGAGACGUCGCUGGAGUACGCCCCGUAUGCUCUGCCGCGAUGCUUGUGGGGCGAGAUAGCGUUGGUGCACUGUGCCCUCUUCGUGCCUUCGCUGUCUCAAUACUUCUCGUCUGCGUUUGGUGAUGACUACAAAACAGACCUCUCAAAGCAGCAGCGCGUCUACACGCUGUACGCAAGCGCUGCAGAGUUGAUACGAAACGCAAAGCGCCCAGCACACACGUUCGUGGAGACGACGGACGAAAAAGUGUACGUGUGGUUGACACUGGAGUUCUUCUUUUUCUGCUGCGUCCCAAGAUGGAUCAAUGUUUCGACGACUCUGGUGGAGCAGCUAGCCAAGUGGAUUCGGGAGCAGCAGCCGUUCCUCUUCAUUACGGAAACCCCUCCUCUUGUACACACGCCGCAACAUAAGUGA